UUUUGGAAUAACUUUUCAUUGAGAAUUUGAGAUUGUAUAUGCUAUAUACCUAAAGCCCCUUCGCCUCAUCUCUCUCUUCUCUUUCUUCUUCUCCGUCGUGAUCUGUCUCCCCUCCGCCGCGAUUUGUCGCUUGGCUUCCAUAGUUGAAAUCAGACUGCAUUACUUCAACACUUUCUGGGUGAAAUUAUUCUCAGAAUUUUUGUUCAAGGAGGAGGGAUUUGGGAUUAGGGCUUUUUGAAUUUCUUGUCCAAGAAUGGCGAAGGAGGAGUGUAGGGUUUACAAUUCCAUGACUCAGCAGAAGGAGAUCUUCAAGCCCAAGGUUCCGGGAAAAGUUGGGAUGUACGUCUGUGGAGUUACUGCCUAUGAUCUUAGCCAUCUUGGCCAUGCCCGAGCUGCCAUUAAUUUUGAUGUCCUCUACAGAUAUUUACAGCACUUGGGUUAUGAAGUCACAUAUGUUCGAAAUUUCACUGAUGUUGAUGACAAGAUAAUUCGUCGGGCAAAUGAGAUUGGGGAAGAUCCAUUAAGUCUAAGUAAUCGUUUCUGCCAAGAAUACCUAACUGACAUGGAUGCUCUUCAGUGUCUCCUUCCUACCCAUCAGCCACGUGUAUCUGAUCAUUUGGAAGAAAUAAAGGAUAUGAUAUCUCUGAUCAUCAACAAGGACUUUGCAUAUGCAGUUGAUGGAGAUGUAUUCUUUGCUGUUGAAAAACUCCCAAAUUAUGGUCAAUUGUCUGGACAAAAGUUGGAAAAUAAUAGAGCUGGGGAGCGAGUAGCUGUUGAUUCAAGAAAGCGGAAUCCAGCUGACUUUGCAUUAUGGAAGGCUGCAAAGCCUGGCGAGCCUAGUUGGGACAGCCCCUGGGGUCUUGGAAGACCUGGGUGGCAUAUUGAAUGCAGUGCUAUGAGUGCGAAAUAUUUAACAUUCAAGUUUGAUAUACAUGGUGGUGGAAUUGACUUGAUCUUUCCGCAUCAUGAAAAUGAGGUUGCCCAGAGUUGUGCUGCAUGCCAAGAGAGCAAUGUGAGUUACUGGAUGCAUAAUGGACAUGUUACGAAUAACAAUGAGAAAAUGUCGAAGUCCUUGGGUAAUUUUUUCACUAUUCGCGAGAUUACUGGAAGGUACCAUCCACUGGCGUUGAGACACUUUGUGUUAAGUGCACAUUACCGUUCACCUCUCAAUUACACAUUCUCUCAGCUGGAGAGUGGCUCAGAUGCUGUUUAUUACAUAUAUCAGACCUUGCAAGACUGCGAGGAUUCAUUAUCGUUGUUUCAAGAAGGGAUCCUAAAGGAGGGAGCAGAUCAAAGUGGCAGAACAAUUCAAAUCAAUCCUGCUGAUGCUCAAGAAUGCAUCCGUAAGCUACGCAGUGAAUUUGAGACUAAAAUGUCUGAUGACUUGAACACUGCACAUAUAUUGACUGGUGCAUUUCAAGAUGCCUUGAAGUUGAUAAACAGUUCCAUUAACGCAGUUAAGAAGAAGCAACCAAAGAAACAGCAGAAACAGAAGCAGAAGCAGCAGGACCAACAGGAUCAAGAAGAGCAACAGAAGCAGCAACAGUUGUUAAUGAAUCAAUCUCUUGUUGAAGUGAAGCAAGAAAUUACAUCAGUUCUAAGUAUUCUGGGUUUACUAUCCUCACAUUCAUACACUGAGGUACUACUGCAGUUCAAAGAAAAGGCAUUGAAGAGAGCUGGUUUAGUUGAAGGCGAUGUGACCAACUUGAUUGAAGCACGAGCAGAAGCUAGAAAAAACAAGGAGUUCGCCAAGAGUGAUCAGAUCAGAGCCGAUUUAAGUGCCAAGGGAAUCGCGCUCAUGGAUCUAGGUAAGGAAACAAUUUGGAGACCGUGUGUCCCAGUAGAACAACAACAGCCAGUUCAAACAUGACAGUUCUUUCUUUAAUCCAUUGUCAUGGUUUUAAAUGGCACAACUUGCAUCUCAAAGUGCAAAAAGGAAAAACUGUAUAAUUGUUGAUCAUUACAUUAUUGAUGUUGCAACAUUUGAGGCUUUCACUUGUUAUGUAACCCAUUAUAACUUAUCAUUUUCCCCCCACAUUUUAUUUUUGACUUUUAAUCAACUCAACUUGUAGCUUUGCCCUAUACACUUUUUUUAGUUGAACAUCAAACACUACUUGAAUGGGAUAUUUGUAACCCUGUCACAUUAAUUUUAUACGAAGGUUUUGUUUCUUUCCCUUGAA